UGAUUCGAUCAUGGGCGCGAUAGAUCAAUUGCCUACCGAGCUCCUCAUUGAGAUCAUCAAGCGUCUCGGUAACGGUACAAACCAGUAUACGCAUUAUGAUCGUCAGCGAGAGCUCGUUCGCCUAUCGCAAGUCUCCCGACUCUGGGCUGCCGUCAUCCAACCGCUUCUUCUCUCCGACGUACUCGUCAGGAAUUUCGGCCGAGCGCAGGCACUCUUGCGGACUCUACGAGCAAAUGAUCAUCUGCAGCCGCUUUUCACGGGCCUAGCAUGGCCAGGACAGCUGAGUGCAGGUCCAGCCCCGCCUGAGGCUCCGCGAAUCUACGGCGAGUUGCUGGCGCUCACGUCUGACCAUCUACGCACGCUGAGAAUAUCGAGCUUCUUGUUCGACUUGGACGCUUCGACCAUCUUCUCGGCCAGUCAGAUAUGCCUCGGCACUUUGCGCACACUUCACAUCGAAAUCGUCGUCUUGUAUGGCGAUGAGGAUCUCUUGUUCUUGACCUUCCUGAGCAAUCUCACCUGCCUGGAAGAUCUGAGCAUCAAGGAAGUCGACCGUAUACUCCAUCCGAUAGGAAUGCUGCCGAAGCCACGCUAUACACUCAGGCGCUUUCGACAUUCCAGUCGCUUUGCUCGCGAGCGCGACCCUGAAUUCCGAAUGCACUACUUCACUGCCGAUCUCUUGCUUUGGUAUCUUGGCGCAAGUACUGAGGCGGGCUCGCUGCAAAGUCUUUCGCUCGUCAAUUAUGACGGCUACGACAUCCUGCCCCCUCUGCCUCAGCACCCGACACCCUUUGCCAGCCUUGAUGAGCUUCAUAUUCACAUCCGCUGUGACGACCCGGUCGUGCUCACCUCAUGGAUACUGUCGGUACCCAACGUACGUCACCUGGUCGUCAGUGUCGAUGUCUGGACGAAUGGCGGUGGCGGAGUAAGGCUGACGCCAUGGCCGAGUUUGUAUGGCCAAGCGGCGGCGAUCGAGAUCAGCCGACUGCACCACUUGCAGGAGCUUACACUUAUCGAAAGCUCGACGAUCGAUGCUCUGUGCAAGCAGCCUGAGUGGUUGACUCAAGGAUGCAGCUCGCUAAAGUCAGUCACGUUUCAUACACACAAGGCGACUCUCGAGUCAGUGACAGGCAUUGCUUCUGCCUUCAAGCGUGAAGGUGUCCGUGUCAACAUCCGACCAUCGUGGUCUGAUCACUUGCGGUGACGCUAUGCAAUCGGCAGAUCAGCAUACAACGCGACAUUUUUGGCAUGUUUCAGCUUGAGCCAUCUUCCCAAACGAUGCUCCUGACCGAGCGAAGCUGCCAGACUGAUCUUGCGAGCGACUUCUUCCGAUUCAUGAAGUACGAGCUGUAUCGAAUUGACAAACCCAACCGCG